AUGUUCUCUAUUGCUCGAUUCUCACAAAACAGAGUGCACAUUCUGCUCUGUCAAAGUCACAAAACAGAGCCGUCUUGUGUUCAAGUCAUCUGUGGACCGCUUCUUCUCUUGCAUGUUUCGUCUUCUGUGUCAAAGUUGUAUCUCUCUCUUAGCUGUGUCGAAGUUGCCACUUCUCUCACACCUUCCUCUGCCCUUUGCAAAAGGCAAAAGCUCCUUCGUCCGUUCAGCUCAUCCACUUAUAUGAAUCUGAUUUUGGUCCAAUCUUGCAGUCUUGAAUCCUGUUUUAUAUUCUCCAACCAAACUAGACACUUAUACCAAAUCCUCUCUGCCCUAAUUCCUCACAUCGGAACCUUACUCUCCACCGCCCCAGCACCUAAAUCCGAAACGCUGUUACUGUUGUUGCUCACCAGAGUGUUUGUUCCAGAGGAUGAGCAAAUUGCUCCUCUUGACCUUGCAUCAAAAGAUCCAGUUAAAAGUAAAUGGGAUGAUGAGGAUGUGGAUGACAAUGAUGUGAAGGAAUCAUGGGAGGAUGAAGAUGAGCCUGCUCCGGCACCUGCUGCACCUACUGUAAAAACUACUGAAAAGGCUUCAAAAAAAUCUUCUGAUAAAGUUACUGAUAAGAAGGGUAAGACAGUAGAACCAAUAAAGGAAGAACCAUUAGAUCCCGUGGCUGAAAAACUUCGCCAACAAAGAUUAGUUGAAGAAGCAGAUUAUAAGUCCACUAAGGAAUUGUUUGGUGGGGGAAAAGAUGAAAAGAACCUUGACACUUUCAUACCGAAAUCUGAAAUUGAUUUCUUGGAGUAUGCUGAGCUCAUCUCGCACAGACUUCGUUCUUUUGAGAAAAGUUACCAUUAUAUGGGCUUGCUGAAGGCAGUAAUGAGACUAUCAAUGACUUCUCUAAAAGGGGCAGAUGCCAAAGAUAUUGCAUCUUCAGUAACUGCCAUUGCGAAUGAGAAGAUCAAGGCAGAAAAAGAAGCCAAUGCUGGUAAAAAGAAGAUAGGUGGCAAGAAAAAGCAACUUAAUGUUGAUAAGCCUGAUGAGGAUUAUAUACCUGCUGAUCGAUAUGAUGCUCUGGAUGAUUAUGAUUUCAUGUGA